AGAAACUCGUCGUUUCGAAACUAUCAUCGUCCACUUCUGAAACUUGAGCUCAGCGAGAUACUGCUCCAAUCGACGGUUGAGUCUGGUGUUCACUGUUUCCGAAAAGCAAAGGAAUGAGCAACAAACCUCGAGUCUUCUCUGCGCAUCCCCACAACACUCCCUGCACUCGCACUCACCAGAUCGGCGCUCUCAUCCUCAUAACCGCCACUUUCUUCUUCACUCGACUCUACGACCAAGCAUUCCCUCCAUCACCCUGCAAUCUCAAUCACGACGGUUCAUCACAAAAUAUCAACCUACACGUCGCCCAAACCAACGGCGUCGGACAUCGAUUGUGGCCCGAACGAGGAUACGGGUCUCACCUCUCUCUCAAGAUCUACGUCUACGACGAGAACGAGAUCGACGGCUUAAAACACCUUUUGUACGGAAUAGAUGGCACCGUUUCCACGAAUGCUUGUCUUAAAGGCCAGUGGGGUUCUCAGGUUAAAAUCCACAGGCUGUUAUCGGGAUCUCGUUUUCGGACAAGAAAGAAAGAGGAAGCUGAUUUGUUCUUUGUUCCAGCUUAUGUUAAAUGUGUUCGGAUGUUGGGAGGUCUUAAUGACAAAGAAAUUAAUCAAACUUAUGUCAAGGUUUUGAGCCAAAUGCCAUAUUUCAGGCGGUCCGGAGGGCGUGACCACAUAUUUGUUUUCCCUAGUGGUGCAGGAGCUCACUUAUUUAGAUCUUGGGCCACCUAUAUAAAUCGUUCUAUAAUUCUUACUCCUGAGGGAGAUCGUACUGAUAAGAAAGACACAAGUGCCUUUAAUACAUGGAAAGAUAUCAUCAUUCCUGGAAAUGUUGAUGAUGGGAUGACGAAAACUGGGGCUACUAUUUUCCAUCCUUUGCUCCUAUCAAAGAGAAAAUAUUUGGCUAACUAUUUAGGCCGGGCCCAAAAAAAGGUUGGCCGUCUUAAGUUAAUUGAGCUUGCAAAGCAAUAUGGAGAUAAGUUGGAAUGUCCAGAGUUACAGUUCAGUGGCCCUAACAAAUUGGGAAGAGUGGAAUAUUUUCAGCACCUGGGCAAUGCCAAAUUCUGCCUCGCACCACGUGGAGAGUCAUCUUGGACCCUUCGCUUUUAUGAGUCAUUCUUUGUGGAAUGUGUUCCGGUCAUUUUAUCAGAUCAAGUAGAAUUACCUUUUCAGAAUGUAAUUGACUACACACAGAUAUCAAUCAAAUGGCCAUCCACUCUAAUAGGCCCGGAACUUCUGGAGUACCUAGCUUCAAUACCAGAUGAGGUGAUAGAGGGGAUGAUAUCGCGUGGUAGGGAAGUAAGGUGCUUGUGGGUUUAUGCUCCAGAAUCAGAGCCAUGUUCUGCUAUGCAAGCAAUAAUGUGGGAGCUUCAGAGGAAAGUGAGGCAAUUUCACCAGUCAGCUGAGACAUUUUGGCUGCAUAAUGGAUCCAUUGUGAAUAGGAAUCUUGUUGAAUUUUCAAACUGGAAACCUCCUAUGCCCCUGCCUUGACUGUUGUGGCCUGUGGGAACCGCAAAAAUCUGAGGCCUCCAUUUCCUUUUCACAGUGCUCCUUUUCUCCACUUUUCGCACUGGCAGGCUGUCAAAUUUUUGAAUGACUUAUUAUUCACUAAUUCUUUCAGGUUGUAGAGCAUUUCGUUUUAGCUGUAUUGUUGGCUUAUUUGAAAGUAGUAUAAUUUUGAAUGUUGUAAAAAUGGCACGAAACUAUUUUGUACUUUAUAAUAUCUUAGAAACUAGUUUUUGUUACAAGCGGAUGUACUCUAGAUAUAUGAUAUAUCGUUAGAAUAU